AAGGUUAGUAGAAAAGAUCAAAAUCCUUGGGCCAAAGAAUGCAAAGGUUUCUAAUCUGGCCAAUGGUCUUGUGAAGCAGACUGCACAGGCCAUUGGAUUAGAAGAAAGAAAGAAGAGGGUGGUAUGAGGUUAUUUGAUUUGACUGUCAUUAGACUGGGUGAUCUGUUUGAAAGUAUAUUUUUCAAUUAAUCUAUGGCUUCUAAGUCCAUAAAAACACUAGGAAUUUUCCGUCAACCAGGUCUAUUCGAUCAAGGAAUUGGAGCUGCACUUCCAGAAGCUUACAAAAAAUUCUACAAAGAAUGGAAAUUGACUCAACCUACCGCUGUCCAUUAUAUUCCUGAAGAGGGAAAUUGGAAAAGAAAUGAUGUAACUGGUGAAGUGUCACCAGUCCAAAAUAUAUCUAUUCCACUUUUCUAUCCAAAAGAGUCAAAUGAACACAUUUGGGGUGGGGAAGGUGUUGUGCAGGGCUUUCAAGCAAGAAAGAAAUGUCGCAGGCGUGUGCCACAUUUUUGGGUGCCGAUUCUCAGAAGAUCUGUUGUGUACAGUGAGGUUUUAGAUAAACAUAUAUCUGUUAUUGUAACUGACAGAGCCAUCAGACUCAUCAAUGAACAUUAUGGGUUUGAUCAUUACUUACUUAAGAGUCCUGCCUGUGAUUUACAGUCUCUAUUGCCCCUAGUAAUCAAAAGAAAAAUCCUACAAGAACUAGAAAAUGGUUGUCCAGCUUAUGCUGAUAGACCAGAAAAACAGGCAAAGGUUCUGGACCAGUAUAAAAGUUAUUUAUCUGCUUAUACUCCAGAGGAAAUCAAAUGGUAUGGACACAGUUUUUCACAGGCUUGCAAAAUUCUUCAAGAGGAAUUAGAUGCAGAAAGUAAGAACAACAUUGUUCCUCUGAAACAAGUUUACAGAGCUCAAUUGAUUGAAAAAUUGAAGGCUGUGUCUUUAGAUGAAACAACCUCAGGUGACACAAGCAACAUCAAGACAGUAGAUGCAGCAGCAUCCUGGUUACAAAAAAUUAAUCCCUUUGGAAAGAAACAUGAGACAUGAAUUAAGUGUGUUUAGUUUGUGUUGAAUAAUAAAUAUUAGUCAUUUUGUUGUACAUAAUUGAUUUCCC